AUGUGGCCCCUGUGCGUCAUCUCCGAGAAGCUCUUCAGGAUGGCGGGCGACGACGGCGCGCAGGGGGCGGCGGGCUCGCCGUACCCCGACGGGCGGAUUUCACUAGCACGCCGAUCGUACUACAUCGAUGUUCCGCAUGUGCAGCAGGCCUUCACCUGGGACUGCGGCCUCGCUUGCGUGCUCAUGGUGCUCAGGACGCUAGGGAUUGAUUGCUGCGACGGCAUUGCCGAUCUAGAGAGGCUCUGCCGCACCACAAGCAUUUGGACGGUUGACUUAGCAUAUCUGUUAAACAAGUUUUCAGUCAGCUUUUCUUUCUGUACCGUGACCCUUGGAGCAAAUCCACAAUAUUCUGCUGAAUCCUUUUAUAGGGAGCAAUUGCAAGAAGACAUCGAUCGAGUGGAUGAGCUAUUUGGGAAGGCGCUCGAUGCUGGAAUUAGCAUUCAAUGCAGGUCCAUCACCGCAUACGACAUUGCUUUUCUACUGUUAUCUGGGCACUGCAUUGCUAUUGCUUUAGUGGACAAAUCGAAGCUAAAUUUGCCCUGCAUGAGUGAUCAUGAUGUACAACAGCACAACGAUGAGCCUGACUACAUGGGACACUAUGUCGUAAUAUGUGGGUAUGAUGCUGAUGAUUGUGAAUUUGAGAUAAGAGAUCCUGCCAGUUCCAGGAAACGCGAACGGGUGACAAUGAAGAGCUUGGACGAGGCCCGGAAAUCCUUUGGGACAGACGAGGACAUUCUCUUGGUCUCUUUAACAGGAAAGAGUGGGAUGAAGCUGUCGCGUAAGCUACUUGCCUGCUCCAUGUAG